AUGGCUCUCACAAACCCAUCAUCAGACGAUGCACUCAAGCUGUUCCAGGACAUCGAGAAGCACUUCCCCUCCACUCUCGGAACCGACAAAUGGCAGAUCCUCGCAAUCUCAGCAAUAACAGCGGGCGGCCAUCCCCACUUCGCCGCCACCCUCUACCGACACCUCAUCUCCCAACCCGCCUACAGCACAUCCGCCCAACGCCAAGCGCUUAUCCGACGACUGCGAGAAGCGUUGGUGAAACUGGUGUCUGUAGUCGGGGUGCCGAAGCCGUUGGAGGCGGUGUUUAGUAUUGCUAAUAUCGAGAGGGAGGAGGACAAGGAUUAUUCGUGCUCGAGGGAGGACUGGCAAGCCGACGAAGCGAACCGGAAGCGCGGGGCGGAGUGGUUGGCGAAGAUUUAUAGGCAUAAUGAUGCGCGGACGAAGGAUAGGAUGGCGGCGCAUAGGGAUUUCAGAUGGCUGUCGGUGGAGAUCACUUACGGGCUCUACCUUUCCGACCAGAGGAUCCUUGAUGAAGUGGAUACGGAGCUUGUGGUGUUGUCGGGUAUUAUGAUGCAGAAUUUGAAGACGGAGACUGGGUGGCAUUUGAGAGGGAUCCGACGGAUAGGCGUCAGUUAUGACGAUGUUGAGUUGAUCCAGCAAUGUAUUGAGAAAGUAGCGGACUUCUGCGGCUUGCAACUGACGAGAGUGCCACGUGUGAAGGACAUUGAGCAUGAAGUCGAUGCCACUUCGUGA